AUGUUCGUGGUGCAAGAAGUUUUUUUUUUUUGUGUACUGGUCAGUAUUUGGAAUAUUCGCGGUCAAUAUUUAGUGCGUAAUGGUCAAUAUUCGGAGAAAUUAGCUUAUGCUGAUCUGUCGGUCCGUUUAGCGCCACCACAUUUACUUCAACCAAAACCAGAUGUUAGAGAUUUAGUCUUCGGAAAAUACUUUACUGAUCAUAUGUUCAAAGUUUUUUUUCACGAAGAUUUAGGAGGAUGGCAAGCGCCAGAAAUCACUCCUUUGGAAAGUCUAGUUUUACAUCCAGCAAGCAAGGCUCUACAUUACGCCGUACAAGCAUUUGAAGGUAUGAAAGCUUACCGAGGCAAAGAUGAUAAAAUACGGUUGUUUCGCCCGGAACUAAAUAUGCAAAGAUUGAACCAUUCAGCAAAAAGAUUAGGUUUGCCAUCAUUUAAUAGUACACAAUUCAUAAAAUGUUUGAGUAGGUUAAUUAGCAUCGAUCAGGAAUGGGUGCCGCAUUGUGAAACGGCAAGUCUAUAUAUAAGACCUACUGUAAUCGGGGUGGAUCCUACGUUGGGUGUUGCAACAUCUCGCUCAGCACUCUUGUAUGCUAUUCUGUGUCCAGUUGGAUCCUAUUUUCACGGACAAGUCAGUAAAGGUGUAUCACUUCUCGCUGAUCCAAGCUAUACCAGAGCAUGGCCUGGAGGCUGUGGUGAUUCAAAAUUAGGUAGCAAUUAUGCUCCUACCAUUCAUAUUCAAGAGAAAGCUGAAGAGAAAGGUCUUCAGCAAGUUUUAUGGCUUUAUGGUGAAGAUAUGCAACUAACAGAAGUUGGAACAAUGAACAUUUUUAUGUUUAUCAUCAAUGAGGAAGGAGAAAAAGAAUUAAUAACUCCUCCAUUAAAUGGGUUGAUUCUUCCCGGAAUCACUCGAAUGUCAAUAUUGAAUUUAGCUCACGAAUGGAAUCAGUUUAAAGUAAUCGAGAGAAUUAUUACGAUGGAAGAAGUGUGCCGUUUAACUUCUGAGAAAAGGAUACUAGAGAUGUUUGGAGCUGGAACUGCCUGUGUAGUGAGUCCAAUUUCCAACAUCCAUUUUCUCAACCAAUUUUUACACAUACCUACUAUGGAGCAACCGAGCCCUCUCUAUGAUAUGAUCCUUAAAAGUCUUUUAAAUAUUCAAUAUGGUUAUGUACCCAAUCAUCCAUGGAUAAUAAAAGUCGAAUAA